UGCAUCUCCUGCCCACAGCUGUCUAGUAGUCGGUCUUGUCAACAACAGUGCAACCUGAGUCGGGGAUAGCCAGUCAUUUGGCUAGCUUAGUAAACUAGCUUAUUCAGCCCCUGCGUUGGUCUCAGCAUUAAUUAACUGUGACGUCUCUUGAUUCUUUUUUGGAUGUGUCUGGAUUUUCCACAAUUUUCUCGGAGACCAGAAGAGAAAUCUUAGUUACACCGUUCGGUUUCCUCAACGUGUUGCUUCUUUGUGCUAUGACAUAGUGGCUCUUCAGCAGGAGGUUGUCAUCUGGAUAGAAGUAUCUCCUCUUUGCUUGCUGAUGUUUUCACUCACAUCUGCGCUUUGCGAGAGACCGACGGACAGACUUCACUCCAAACAACGGGAUGGCUGCUCAAGUGGAUGUUCAACCUGGAGAGUUGGGGUUAACGGUGGCAGCAGCAGGACUUCAUCUGAGUCCACUUUCUGAUUCCAGCAAUAAGAGUUGCAUUGAGAUCCCAUCUGUUGACAAAUCUAAAGUCAUUGCAUCUGAACCAAGCAAACCUGUCUCAACUCAAAAGGCUAGACUUACUCCCAAACCAUUUGUUGUAGAGAGAAACCUGACUAUUAAGCCCAUAAUUGCCCCUAAGCCCCAAAGCAAACCUAGACCAGAGUCCACCCGAAUGGCUGGGCACAAACCAUAUCUGCCAAGUACUCCAAAACUAAACACAAAGCCUUUGUUAGCCAACUCCACUCAGCCGGCUCCUACCUUCUAUAAAACAUCAAACAAGUUAAAUUCUGCGCAGACAACAAAGCCAGUUGCCCAGCCAUUUAAAUCAGCCUCUCCAUUUGAUCCAGAUGAUCAGGAUAAGCCGACUUCUUCUUCAUCAGCCAAGAGACAAAAACCUGUUGUGUCAAGUUUUGUCUAUUCCAAGAGUUUUGCAGUACCUUCAGCAGCAGAGUGGUGUGGCACUACUGUAAAGGAGAAAGAGACCAAUGUGAAGUCAAAAAAUAAAGUUGGAGCUUCAAUUACAAGAGCCAAGUCAAUGGGGUUUCUUGAUGAAGUAGGGUUUGAUAAAGAAGAAAAAGAUGAAGCUAAGCAUGAAGUAUCAGUACGACUGCGACCCAAAAGCUCCAGGCCCAGACCUGUAUCCGCUAUCUUUCCAGAUAGUUUAAAUAAGGUAGAGAAACCUGUUCCUGCUCCUCGGAGGGCUGGGAGGAGACCCCUCUCUGCUGAUCUCACAUCCAAGUUUGAGUCAAUUGGUCUGUCACUCCACCGUAAAAGUAAUAAUGUGAAUACUCAAGAAAAUGCUCCAGCAGAGAAGGUACUGCCCCAAAAAAUUGAAGAUGCCCCAGAUCCAGCCCUAAAGAGUGAAAAGAAGACUGAAGAAAACGUGGUGAAAGAGACUGAAGAGGAAAAUCAGAGGCCUAAGAUCAAGUCCUGCAUCAGUCACCCUUUCGAUUCUUCAUCUUUGUCUGUGGCAGGGUUCACAGGCCAGGGGUUGGAUCCUCAAUCUCCAGUGCAGUCGAAUCCUGAGACUGAAACAUCUGUUGGUGUUAAACAGCUGAUUAAACAGCUGACUGAGGAUCCAACUCAGAGGCCAGCCAUGAAGCCAACACCAAAACCUCGCCCUUUGUCCAUUGACCUUACCAAAAGGUUUUCAUCCGAGAAAUCACCAGACUUAAAUACUGUCACUGAUGCAGCAGACCGCCAUGAGAUCAGUAAAGUUUCUCAAAGAGAGGAUGAAGAGUUGGCUAACACUCCCAACGAAAACAAGAUUCUUUAUAAUUUGAAAGAAUCUGAAGAGCAGCUCAAGGAUGACUGCACAUCAUCUGAAAAAGAGACAAGCAACCCCUCCCAGAAUGGUGGUCCUGCUGGUGAAUUACACACUUUGCGAGCAUUUGUGUUUGAUAUAGAGAGGCACAUUGUGACAAUGUCAGAGAAGAACUCUGCAAGCAUGGCAAAGAAUUUUUCCAGGAAUCCUUCAUUCAAGAGAGAAACUAUGGAUGGAGCACUGCCCCCCUUUGCUUUCAAAGAACCUGCAUCCCCAUCCAGUCCUCUUCGUGUGGUGCCUGCUUUUGACACAGUCCAGGCGAUUGAAGAGAAAAGGGCAGUUAGUGAGAGCGUCCCAUCAGCUCAAUGGGAAGAUAAGGCCAUGACACUCCGCUACAGCCGUUCGGACAUGAGCAGACCGGGGGUCGAAUGGAUGGAUCAGCCGCAAAUACAGCCCCCUGUAGAAGUGAUGCCAGUGCCGCGGUUUUUGAGAGUAGGAGCUUUACCAAAGUGGACAAUGGCUGAUCUCAACCAAGACCUGAGUUUGGAGAAAGGGACAGAAAAGGAAUUUCAAAGGGAUUCGCCAGUGGAUAAAGAAGGUGAUAGACAGAGAUGGGCAGAAGAGGAAGAAGGUGCUGCUGCACAUAAUUAUUUAACAAGGGAGAAAGAAGAACACCUGAAACCAAGGGCAACUUACUUUGCUUUGACUGGACAAAUGCAGGAGCCUAGUUCUCCCAAAGAUGCAGGAACAAGCUUUGGAGAAAUGACUGUGCCUUCUGAUUAUUUCCCUGUAAGGUCAGCUCUGGUGGGCUCACAAGGUAAAAUUAUUUCCGUCAAGAGGAAUGUGUCUUUAGAGGAAGCCUUAGAGAGGAGUGCUUCUUCUCUGCAACAGCUUGAAGCAAUGAUGAGAAGGCAGUUGUCUCCCAUGGACACCACAUCACACACAGACAAACAGACCAAAGAAAAAAUAAUAGAAGUUGUGGAGAAAACAGAGCAACAAAUCGAGAAAGAAAACCAAGAAACAGAAAUACAAAAUCUACAAGAACGUGUGAGGGAGCCGGCCUAUCAGGCGCAAAGACAACUGGAGGAGGAGAAGAAAAGAAGUUUGGAGAGAAUUAUAGAACUAGAAAGACAAGAGCUUUUAGAGAUUAAAAAACCCAAGCUAAAAGAGAAGGAAAGAUCACAGCUUCAUGAGCUAGAGAGACCGAAACAAAAAGAGAACAUCAAAGAGGCAGAAAAAAUAAAGAUGACGGAUCAAGAAAUGGUAAAAGACCUUGAAAAACAAAGGGAAACUGAGAGAGAAAGGCAGAAACAGAAGCAGCAGGAAAGGAAAAAUGAGAUUCAGCAAGAGCAAGAAAGACGAGACCUAGAAAGGCAAAGGGAAAAGAGAGAAAAGUUGCUGGGAAAGGAGAGACAGAGGAAAAGGGAUGAAGCGAGGCAAAGAGAGUUGGACAAGGAGCAACAGCUCCUUGAAAUGCAAAAGCAGAAACAGAAAAUGAAAGAAACGGAGAAAAAAGAGCUGGAGAGGCAACAGUUAGAACUGCAGAAAGAGAGGGAGAAUCAGUGGCUUGUUGAAGAGGCAGAAAAAAUCAAACUGGUGGCAUUGGAAAAAGAAUGGAUGAGAUUUAAACAGCUGGAAAAAGAGAGGGCAAGGCAAAAAGAACUAGAGCAUCAGAGAGAAGUUGAAAGAGAAACGCAAAAAGAGAUGCAGAGAAAGAGGUGGCUGGAAAUUGAAAACCUCAGGCAGAGGGAGGAAAAAGAACGACAGUGGCAGUUGGAGAAAGAAAAAGAAGAGUUGGGAAUUGAAAGGGCAAGGCAAAAAGAACUAGAGCAAGAAAGAGAGCUGGCAAAGGAGAGACAGAGUAAAAGGGAUGAAGAGAGGCAAAGAGAGUUGGACAAGGAGCAGCAACACCUUGAAAUGCAAAAGCAGAAACAGAAAAUGGAAGAAACAGAGAAAAAAGAGCUGGAGAGGCAACCGUUAGAACUGCAGAAAGAGAGGGAGAAUCAGUGGCUUGUUGAAGAGGCAGAAAAAAUCAAACUGGUGGCAUUGGAAAAAGAAUGGAUGAGAUUUAGAGAGCUGGAAAAAGAGAGGGCAAGGCAAAAAGAACUAGAGCAUCAGAGAGAAGUUGAAAGGGAAAAUCAAAAAGAGAUGCAGAGAAAGAGGUGGCUGGAAAUUGAAAAGCUAAGGCAGAGGGAUGAAAAAGAACGACAGUGGCAUUUGGAGAAAGAAAAAGAAGAGCUGGAAAGACUGAGAGAAAUUGAAAGGGAAAAAUUACAGGAGCAAAAGAGAGAGCAGGCAAAAGAGAGGCAAAGGGAUGAAGAAAGGCAAAGAGAGUUGGACAGGGAAAGGCUGCAACUGGAAAUGCAACAGGAAAAACACAAAAAAGAGGAAGAAAAAAGGGAGCUGGAAAGGCAACAGCUUGAACUGCAAAAACAAAAGCAAAGAGAGUUGGAGAGGCAGCUGCUUGCUGAAGAGGCUGAACAAUUAAGAAAGGUUGCACAAGAACAAGAACUUUUAAAACUAAAAGAGCUUGAAAAAGAAAGGCAAAAACAGUUGGACAGGGAAAGGCUGCAACUGGAAAUGCAACAGAAAAAUCACAAAAAAGAGGUAGAAAAAAGGGAGCUGGAAAGGCAACAGCUGGAACUGCAAAAACAAAAGCAAAAAGAGUUGGAGAGGCAGCUGCUUGCUGAAGAGGCUGAACAAUUAAGACAGGUUGCACUAGAACAAGAACUUUUAAAACUAAAAGAGCUUGAAAAAGAACGGGAAAAACAAAGUGAAAUUGAGCUUCAGAAAGAGGUGACAAGACAAAAGCUGAGAAAGCGGGAGAAUCAGCUAGAUUUAGAUGAGCACGAAUUUGAAAGCCAAAAGUUGAGCAAACAAGAAUUAAAAGAGAAGAUGGAAAAAGAAGAAGCUGAAAAAAUAAGACAAGUUGCCAAACAGCAAGAGGUGGAAAGACGGCGACUCAGAGAAAAGCAGCGGAAGGAUGAGGAGCGACUAAAAUUGGAAUCAUCAGCCAUGAGGCCGAGGGUGCUGGAUUUGGACUCGGUGCUCAGAGAUGAGUUGUUGCAUAAAGCCUCUUCCCAUCACGGGGACCCCUCCAUGCGCUGGAGGGAGCCACACAAGCCUGCUAUUCUCGACAUAGACUCUCCUAAACCUGAAGCACAACCCUCCCCAAACAAAGACUUGUUUCCAGUGUCUGAUAUUCAGGAACUUGAUGCUGCAUUCGGGUUUAAGUCAAAUUCUGUGCCCGAAAGAGAUUUAAACUGGAAAGUACCACCGCAGGCUACUGCUGUAUGGACAAUGUCUCCUCAGGAUCCAUGGGAGCUACAGCCUGUAGAGGUGACAGUAGACAAACCUGUGGUUGAACUCAGAAAGUCAAUCUGCGCCAUCAGCCCCACACAGGUGUUCUGCAAACAAGACGAACAACACCAAAAUCGACAGAAUGACUGGCCCGCUUUUCUGAAUGAGCGUUUUCACACCAGCCCUCUUUCCGGGGCAGAAGAAAAAAUUAGGAAUUCUCUUGGAGCCUUUUCUGCCAGCCCUCGGGGAGAAGAGAUUUGGAUUCCUAGAGAAUCACAAAGCAGAAGCCCCAGGAGAUCGCAGGGAUCUCAGGAGCUGAAUAGGAUGCGUUCCAGAAGUAUGUCGCGAAAAUCUGCACGCUCAAACAGCUCAGUGGAGGAAAGUCUCUCCAGGAUGAGAAGUCGCAGUGCUAACAGAGAGCACGAAAGCCAUAGCUGGCAAACACAAAGUGGUGAAGAGGAAAGGAAACAGAAACACUCUGAAACGCCAGUUCGUGAGACUGACAGUCAGUAUGGAACCUGGGAGACGGAACUGCGAUCCGAUGACAGCCUGACGUCUAUCACUCCUAGUUCAGACAGCUUUCUUAGUCUGUCACAAAGAAAGUCAUCUCCACCAACUUCCCUCUGUGAUAACGGACUGCUGUCUGACAAAGACACUUUGGAUGGCCUUCCUCCCCCCUCUUCAUCAGAAACACAGCCUCUCACAUUUCCUGAAGCUCCAACCACUUUGUUGGACAACAGUGCUCUUCGCUCCAAAGCCCAGCUGGGGAAGAAACGGGCACCACGCAUGCGGCCCACCAGAGCAGUACGACAGAGCGCUGCACCACCUGCAGCAACCACAGAGGACUGGCUUUAUCGGGAUUCAACAGAAGCAAAGCCUGAGAGUCAGGAGACUGAGCUGGAAUCUGAGAAGCCCACCAGAGGAGUUGAUGUUGGCCUCAGUGUUCCUUCACAGCUACAAAGGGUCGCAGUGUUUCCCGUCUUAGACCCUUCAGCGCUAAAGGCUCAAUUGAAGAGGAGGAGUGACUCAGACAAUCAAACUGAUGGACCUGCUCCGUCUCCAUCCCAGCCGACCCGCUCUCCCAAGUCUCCAUUCCUCCCUCAAGCAACCCGCGUGCUUCCGCCACUUGGCGGGAAAGAAAAUGGAGAGAAAGACUCCCCCAAGUGGUUGAAAGAGCUAAAAUCCAAGAAGCGUUUUAGUCAAUAUGAAAAUGAAAACAAUUAAACUAGUAGGUUGCCUUAACAGAUGAAUCUUUGAUAAUCAGAAGCCUUUGACCCAGAGAGUCGGAAGGUUAGAUCCACAGCUGCUGAUGUGAAUAUAUAUAUUAUAAAUAUUCUUUGUUAACUUUUUUUUUUUUUUCUUCCAUUCUGGGUCAAUAAAUGUGUAUGGUGCCUUUUUGCCAAGUGGAAAAAGAAAACGAACAAGGAGAAUAAACAUCUUCAUGUUUUCGAUGCUUGAACCUGUGAAGCUCUGCUUCAUUUGGACAGACUUCACACAAACAUUUGAACAGGGACCAGGAGACAUGACAAAAUGUGUUGUACGUCAUGAGGUUUUUGGUUUUUUUUGUCAGGCACCUUUUUGGGACGUCUAAGUUGCGGGACCUUUUUACUAUACAUUUAUCAUUGCAGCCAGCAAAAUAUGUGCAAGUACUUUGAAUCUGCAUCCACAUGUUGUGGGAUAGUGGUGCAAGUUGUUAACGGAAUCCAACCCUUUUUUUUCCUUUUUUUUUUUUUUGGUUGCUAUCGGGUAUAAUUUCAUUCAUUAAUGAACUGUUGGAGAAGAAGCACCUCUAACUUGAUUGAUCGAUAACUAACGAAUGUAACGAUGUAAUAUAUUUGGUUUUUCACACACUUAGAAAUCAUUUUUGCAAUGAAAAAUUACACCUAGAGGCUAUUUGCUACAUGCUGUGUAUAUAUAUAUAUACACAUGUAUGUAUAUAUAUAUAUAUAUAUAUAUAUAUAUAUAUAUAUAUAUAUAUGUGUGUAUAUGUAUGUCUGAUUAGCUUGUAGAUAAGAGAUGGGACAAACGCACACACUCCAAAUCAGCACAAACACUACUUCACUUCUGUCAAAGACAAAAAUGAUUGUAGCUGCGAGCGUCCAACGAAAGCCAUACGGUUGUAGGCUUCACAUAUUUCUCACUCAGGUUUUGACAUUGUCUUUCCCAAAUAAAAAGUGCAAUUUUGUCUUUUGUUCAAAUCUCAUAUGCAUGCACAAUCUUCCUAGUUUGGUUGAGCUCCAGUGUCUUACUCUCCUCUGGUGGAAGUUUUCCCACAGCACUGAUUAAUGAGUCCACUUUGCCGUUUUUAAUGCUCCAAACAAACAUGAAUGUCGGAUUUAUGGCUUUACCUCCUAAUGAUGUUUGCCAUCAGCCACUCCACUCUACACUUCCUGCUAAGCACUUUUUCACUUGAUGCACUACAGCUCUGAUGUGUGCCCUCUCUUUUUGAGCCUCUAAUAGAAGUGAUGGUGUUCAUUGAGGCUUCGGAGUGACUGUCCAAGGUUUCUAGAUGUAUACAGAUAUUUUUCUUUAUCCUGGAGUGUGAGGUUUUUUUUCAUAUCCUACUUUGGCCCUUUUUAUUUGAAAGUAACCAUGUAUAUUGCACUGUUUUUUUGGCCAGUGUCCUCAAAUGCAACAAAUUCUAAAUAAAAGUUUACUUGUACUCGG